UUUUUUUUUUUUUUUGGUUUGUUGCGGGUGUACUGUUUUUGCGGGGUGACACCGCAUGUGCUGGCCGGGGAACAGCAGGACGGCGAGCUUACCUAACCUGCUUUGUCUCUGUUUUUUUAUGAUGGCGCACUCAGGCCCAGUAAAGCUAACGAUAGCCAACUCAGCUGCAGGCUUCCCACACUCGGCGUUCAGCCACAGAUAAAACUUUUCCGUCUAACCCGAAGAACUGGACUUAAAUCCCACAUCUUUGCGGAAGCCCUCGAGUGCACAAAAGGGGACUUUAUCUGUGGAGGUGUAAGCAAUAUAUAGACUGAAAUGGUGAUACUUUUGUUUGCUGGAUUUCCCCGCAGCAGACACAGAACAACACACAGGGCUGACAUUUCCUCCGUCUCGUCAAACUGCUUUAGUAGAUUGGGGUUAAUCGCACUGCGGAGCCGGCCGCAAAACUGCAUUUAGCUCGACAAGUAGGGACGCAAAUUCAAAUACACUCGGGUCUAGAACGUGUUGGAUGUUUGGCAUCAACUUUAUUGAGAAAUUAGCUCGCUGUCACAACCAAAGUUUGUGGAAAAACCCAGCUUUGGAACGUGUUUUUGUGAAAACACUGUUGUUGUUUUGCUUCGUCGUCACACGCAGUGCGAAGAAAGUCUUCUGGGAUGCUGAUUGGCUGACGGGCCAUCAUCUGUGUGGCAACUGCGGCACGUGACCAGGCGGAGCGCUGAUUGGCUCCUGCAGCUGUCCGUCACGGGGAACAUCUGCGGACGCCAUUGUGAGGAGAGCUGAGGGUCACCUGCCGCCCGGACAUGAACGUCCUCUGAACCGACACUCAGCGGCUCACAUUCCAACGGCCAGCGUCCGUCCCUCCAUGUGGCUGUGAGCGGACGUCACUCAUCCGGUGUAGCAGUUCAGCCCUUCCUUGUGUGUUCCUUCUCUUUGCGUCAUGGGGGGAGCCGUGAGCGCCGGGGAGGACAACGAUGACCUUAUUGAUAACCUGAAGGAAGCUCAGUACAUUCGCACUGAAAAAGUGGAGCAGGCGUUUCGGGCCAUAGACCGCGGCGACUAUUAUCUGGAUGGCUACCGGGACAGUGCCUAUAAGGACUUGGCGUGGAAACACGGAAACAUACACCUGUCUGCUCCCUGUAUAUACUCAGAGGUGAUGGAGGCCCUCAAGCUACAGCCAGGACUUUCCUUUCUCAAUCUGGGGAGUGGAACUGGAUACCUGAGCACCAUGGUUGGCCUCAUCAUAGGUCCAUUCGGCGUGAAUCAUGGGGUGGAGAUCCACAAGGAUGUAGUUGAGUAUGCCAGACAGAAACUGGAAGACUUCAUAAAGAACAGCGACAGCUUUGAUAAGUUUGAGUUCUGUGAGCCAGCCUUUGUGGUGGGGAAUUGCCUGGAAAUCUCCACAGACAGUCACCAGUACGAUCGCAUUUAUUGUGGUGCUGGAGUGCAGAAAGAUCACGAAAAUUACAUGAAAGUACUGCUCAAAAUUGGCGGCAUACUGGUGAUGCCCAUAGAGGAUCAGCUGACCCAGAUAACCAGGACGGGCCAGUGCACAUGGGAGAGAAGAGACAUCCUAGCAGUGUCCUUUGCCCCCUUGGUGCAGCAGAGCAGAGCAGAUGGGAAGAAGCAGGAAACCGUGCAGCUGCCUCCCGUGUCCGUCCGCAGCCUCCAGGACCUUUCCAGGAUCUACAUCCGCCGCACUCUCAGAAACCUCUCAAACGAGAACAGUCAGGGGAAGGGGGCGGUGCAGAGGGUCCCCCAGAAGCGCAAGCGCAGGCGAUGUCGCCGACGGCGUAUCAGCACCUACGUUUUUGUAGGAAACCAGCUCAUACCCCAAAUGGUGGAGAGCGAAGAGGAGGAACACCCCGAGGAAGAGCACAAGGAAGUGGAGGAGGAGGAAGAUCAGGAAGAAAGAGACAUUGGCGACAUUGAAAUCGUCAAGCAGGAGAACGUGUUGAGAGACCAAAUACUGGCUUUACCGCUGCCAGAGUCCCUGAAGGCGUAUUUGCUAUUUUACAGAGAAAAAUGACUGCUGUCCGCCGUGAAUAGAUGCGACGCCUGCUGAAUUUCUUUCCUUCACCCUUUUCAGUACAAAUGUAGCAUUAUUAUCACUUAAUCUUGAUGGCGACACUGUAUUGGAAGGACAUGUCCUAGAUAGUAUUGGAUAAUAAUGUUACGAUUGUAGUUUUUUUUACUUGAUGAUUAUAAAAAAAAAUGUAAGAAAAAUACAAAUACAUACUGGUCACAAUUUGACAGUUUCUGUUUAAAUGUUAUCAGAAUUUCAUCAGAAUAAAACGGUAUAAAUAGGAAUCCUUUAUUACCACAUCUGUGAUGAUGAUCCUGCUCAAAGGAAGACUUUAACCUUCUGUCAGUGUCUCAUGGUUUAGUCUUGAAAUGAGAGUCCAACAAUCUCUCACAAAAAGGAAAAAAAUGAAGUUCCCGCAUAAUCACAAAUGUUAUUUACUCUAGGAAAACAUGUUUUAUAUGCUUCUGAAUCAAGACCUUAUAGGAAAUAAUAGAUCGGUUUCUAAUGUUUUGUACAGGGCACCUUUUAAUCGGACAUUUUCUACAGGUUGUGUGCAUUCUUAUGGUUUCUUACAUGCUACUUGAUAAGGGUGCAUAGGGGUAAUCAGUGCAACAUGACCAUGAAGCAUGUAUUUAAGGGGGAUUCACUUUAUUUUCUUUUAAAAUAAAUGUUAAAAUAAUGAGAACAAGCAUGAAUACGUUGUACUUCACUGUAUAAAGUGUUCCUGAUGGUGUUUCACAUCAUUUAAUUGGUCACUGGAAGUGAUGUCCCAUGUGAUCAUGUUGAAAAACCUUUCUUUUUUAAUGAAUUAGAGGGCCUUGAGAUUUUUUUUAACAUAUUUCUUUUCUGUUUUUAAAUAUUAAAAAUAAAUAAAUUGUAAUAUUCCAGUAAGACUUUUGAUGCCCUUUCAUAUUCUGGGCUUUGGAUCUGUCCAAAACAAGCUGGACUGGACUGCAGACUUUCCAGAAGUUCUGUUGUGGAGCAAUGCGCUCUCCAAACUUUCCUGAUGGCUUCUAAGUGCCAACAUACCCCAUCAGUACUGGGAGCUCAGAAAGCUUACUGGUGCAAUUUUCCUGGGAGUUUUCCCACAGACAUUCCACAGAGCAGAGAGGAAGACUCUGGUAUUCAAAGGUUUUGAUGUCAAACAGGUGGAAAGUUCCUUCCUCUCACUUAGAAAGCAUCAUCUAGGAUUCAGAAAACCCAGUUGAAUGUUGUUGAUGUUAAUUAUAUUCAAUAUAAUAGUGAUAUAUUUGGUAUGUAUUGUUAUUCUGCAUAAAAGUUUCAUUUGGAGUUGAUUUGUUGUAGCGCCCUCUUGCUGUACUGUAUCACUAUGGACACUGGGAACUUCGUAGAUCAGACUUCACUGCUCUCUGUGAAAUAGAAAUCACGUUAGUGCUCGGUUUUUGCUCUGAUGUAAUGAAAAAUGUUUUCUUUUUGAAACGGGAACGACUAUUCUGUUAUCUGUGUGUGUGCGUUUGGAAAGAAAACCGGUUUCUUUCUUUUACAUUCUCCAAGUUUUGCAAAUAAGCAAACGUCCCCGCUUCUAAUUACCAGUAAAAGACCCAUUUGACCUGCAAAGUAUCCAUAAAAUAUUCCAUUGACCAAUUACAGGCAUGCAAGAUUUUAUAUACCAUUGAGUAAAUUGCAACUGCUAAUUGGAGGGGGACAUUAAAUACUGAUAGACCUGGAUUCUCAGGCUACACCUUGUUCUAAAAAUUGUUGAUCUGCAUCUAAUGUGGAUGAGAUUGACUGUAGAAACAGAGCAUGGUAAAAGUCAAAUUAGAACUCACAUUAUUUGCAGUUUAUUUGCUAAAAGUCCACAAGAAUUCUGCUGUUUAUGAGGCCUAAGUUGAUUUUCUCAUAGUGUGUGCUGUUUUCUUUUGAAAAUGUGUUGUUUUCCUGUAAAUGUUUGGCACAAAAAAUACAAGGUCACGUUCAUGAA